UUAUAUUCUAUGGAUCGAAAGGAUUUUUUGGUCGUGGUUUGGCGUGGUUUCGUUCGCUUCGAUUUCGAUGGGUGACUCGGAGGGAUAGAGGAGAGGAUAGUGGUCCACGUUCGUCACAUUCCAGUGGGCAUUGGCGAUUCCAACAUGGCCGCUAGGACUAGCCGUGACCGCUGGGUCCGCGGAAGCCAUGUUGGCAGGUGUCAUCGGUAUGCCGACGGACAUCGUGGCGUCGUCGGCCUCGGCCUCGGCCACGGUCACGGAGGAGACGAGCAGGGGUCGAGAGCUGGGCCUUGGGCCGUCACCAAGGUCGGCUCCCUCUUCGGCGGGCGCAUCAUCCUCAGGAUCAGCGGCGCAGUCGACCUCGAGGGGCUUCGACCCGUCUAGCGCUCUGGCCGCUUAUCAUCAUCAUCGACAUGGUUUGGUCGCUGGAUUGGGCCACCCUCACCAUCGCGAAUCCUCUGCAUUCGUGCCCGUGGUACCUUCCAGAUUACAUUUGGCACCAUACCCAGGCGACAUGCAUCCCCAUCUGACCGGUCCUCCACCGUCCUCGUCGACCACGUCGAAUCCGGACCACGAGGUCGGUGCAGAACCGUCCGUCGCGAGAAAAUCCUCGUCCAGUUACGAGAUCAUGGCCAUGAUGGCGGACAAGCGGAAGGAACUGGCGGCAAGGGCUCUCUUGCUUCCUCCACCACCUCUGCUCGAACCACCGCCUGGUUACCCGGUAUUCGCUGGCCCUUUCCCGACUGGGUCGGCACUCUAUCCACCUGGUGGACCCCUCGCCCAUCAACACUUGGAUAGGAGAUUGCUCAGAGCGCCGGGCUCUUCCGAGGAGGAUGCCUUCAGCCGGCUCGUGGAAUGCGACUCGCCGCCCUGA